CAUAGCUUUAUGGUUUUAUUUAGACAGUUUAUACGGUUUGACAUUGUACCGCUGUAAAAAAAAAAAAAAAAAAAAAAAAAAAAAGAGAAAGAAGAAGAAAAGAAAAAAAGAAAGAAAAGAAAGAGGGGAAAACUCGAAAGGAUCCCAAAGAGGAGAACAUUGUGGACAUAUUUUUGUACUUAUUCAGUUCUUUCUUUUCUUAUUUUUUUUUUUUUUUUGAUUUUUCUUAUUAUUUUUUAAAUAUUUUAUUUUUUGCCAUUCCCUCUCCCGAAAAAUGAAACUUUGGACAUCACCCUGGGUGUCUUGCCUGGUGAUUCUCCUCUUGUGUUUUGGAUCAGAGUGCGGGACAGUCCGGAGACAGCAGGGGAGAUCCAAGAGGGAGUUGGUGCGCAUUAGGGAGGCGAGAGCCGCCGUCCCGGGGGCUUGUGCCACACGCCUGCCCCGGGGCAAGCGCUCCCUGCCCGGCGCGGAGCGGCGGCUGCUCCGCCAGCGCCGGCGGAGCUCCGCUUCGUCUCAGACCGAGGAAAACUCUCCGGAGCGCGGCGGGAGAGCCGUGUAUUUCACCGGCAGGGGAGACCAGCUCCGCCUGAAGCCCGGCGUGGAGAUCCCCAGAGGAAAUUUCACUCUGGAGAUGUGGAUCAAGCCGGAGGGAGGUCAGCGAUCGCCCACGGUCAUCGCAGGUUUGUACGACAAGUGCUUCUACGCGUCCAGCGACCGCGGCUGGCUGCUGGGCAUCCAGGCGGUGGGCGAACACGCCAACCGCGACCCGCGCUUCUUCUUCUCCCUGAAGACGGACCGCGCCCACAAGGUGACGUCGGUUAACGCCAACGCCCGCUACACCCCCAACCAGUGGGUGCACGUGGCCGUCACCUACGACGGCGUGUUCAUGAAGCUGUUCGCCAACGGCGCCCAGGUGGCCGUCAGCCGUGAGCAGUCGGGCGACGUCUUCAGCCACCUGACCAAGAAGUGCAAGGUGCUGAUGAUCGGCGGCAACGCCCUUAACCACAACUACCGCGGCGCGGUGGAGCGGGUGGCGCUGUGGCGCCAGGCCCGCGGCCAGAGGGACGUCAUCAGGGACAUGCAGGGCCGCGACGACCCGGGGGAUCUACCUCAGCUGGUCAUCCGGGAAACCUUCGAGCACCCGGGACGCAAGUGGCUCACGGUGAAGGACGGCACUUUCCCCCAGCCGGAGCGAGGCGGCGGCGGGGGGCGACUCGGCUUCCUGGGCGGAGGCGGCCUCGCCAACCCCGAAGGAUUACUGGACACCAACCUGGAGCCACCGCCUUGCGGGCAGACGGUUUGCGACAACGUGGAGGUGAUUAAAAACUACAACCAGCUGUGGAGUUUCCGCCGGCCGAAGAAGGUACGGUAUCGGGUGAUCAACGUGUGGGACGACGGCCGGACGAGGCCGACGGUGUCGGACCACCAGAUCAUCCUGCAGCACCAGCACCUCAACGACGCCUUCGGCCUCUACAACAUCUCCUGGGAGCUCAGCGUCCACAACGUCACCAACUCCUCCCUGCGGAAGCGGUUGAUUCUGGCCAACUGUGACAUCAGCAAAGUGGGGAAUGACGUGUGCGAGCAGGAGUGCAACCAUCCGCUGACGGGCUACGACGCGGGCGACUGCGUCUCCGGGCAUCGCAGCCGCUGCCCCAAACACAAGCAGGGCAACGGUGUUUGUGACCCAGAAUGCAACUGGGAAAACUUCUCCUACGAUCUGGGCGACUGCUGCAAUCCCAACGUGACGGACGUGACCAAGACGUGCUUCAACCGCUCCUCUCCGCACAAAGCCUACUUGGAUGUGAAAGAGCUGAAAGAGAUCCUGCAUUUGGACGGCUCGACUCACCUGAACGUCUUCUUUGCCAAUUCUUCCGACGAGGAUCUGGCGGGCGUCGCCACUUGGCCGUGGGACAAGGAGGCGCUCACGCAUCUGGGCGGGAUUGUCCUGAAUCCGUCCUUCUACGGGACGUUCGGCCACACCGACACCAUGGUGCACGAGAUCGGCCACAGCCUGGGCCUCUACCACGUGUUCCGCGGCAUCUCGGAGAUCGAGUCGUGCAACGACGCCUGUUUGGAGACGGAGCCCUCCAUGGAGACCGGAGAUCUGUGCGCCGACACCAACCCCACCACCAAAUACAAAGGCUGCAACGAUCCCGAACCCGGCAACGAAACGUGCGGCUGUCGCCACUUCACGCACACGCCGUUUAAUAACUACAUGAGUUAUGCAGACGACGCCUGCACCGACUCGUUCACGCUGAACCAGGUGGCCCGGAUGCACUGCUACCUGGACCUGGUGUACCAGACCUGGCAACCCACGUCCAAGCCGCCCCCGGUGGCCAUGGCGCCCCAGGUGGUGGAGCAGCGCCACAACUCCAUCACGCUGGAGUGGUUCCCCGCCAUCUCCGGACACUUCUACGACAGGAAAGUGGGCUCGGUGUGUGAUAAGUGCACGGAGGGGAAGGUUCUCCUUCAGUACGCGUCCAACUCCUCGUCUCCUCGACCCUGCGACCCGUCUGGACACUGGUCGCCUCGCGAGGCCGAAGGCCCCCCGGACGUGGAACAAGCCUGCGAGCUCAGCGUCCGCACCUGGAGCCCCAACGCCGGCAUCGAGCAGGGCGUGGUGGGGCUGUCGGAGUGCCCCGUGCAGGGCUGCAUGCUGCAGCUGGAGUUCCUGCACCCGCUGGUGCCCGACUCCCUGACGGUGUGGGUGACCUUCUUCAGCCCUGAGGAGACGGCGCCGCCCGCCAUCCACAACAUCCUGCUGCUGACCGUCAGCGGCAACAACAUCUCGCUGGGGCCCAGCUACGUCUUCUGCGACACGCCGCUCACGCUGAAGCUGGACAUGGAGGAGGAGGUGUACGGGGUGCAGUUCUACACCAUGGAGCAGCACCUGGAGAUCGACGCCACCCUGCUGGUGUCCAAGCCCGACUGCAGCCUCUGCAAGGCCUGCGAGCCGCUGCGCUACCGCCUGCUGCGGCAACCGGCGUUCAGCCACGCACCGCACGGACUGAUGCUGAACACACCGGUCAGACGCUACACAGACAGGGAUGUGGAGCCACACGUCACCUACACCUACCAGAUCCAGACCAUCUCCGGCCACAGCGACAGCGAACCCUCCCCGUCGCUGGUGCACGAGCUCGGGGCUCCGUACUGCGGCGACGGACGUAUCCAGAGUUCCCGGGGAGAGGAAUGUGACGACAUGAACUCCAUGAAUGGGGACGGCUGUUCCAGCCAGUGCAGGAAGGAGCCGUUCUUCAACUGUGUCGAGGAGCCCAGCAUGUGCUACUACUACGACGGCGACGGCGUUUGCGAGGACUUUGAGCGGGAGACGGGCGUCAGGGACUGCGGCCUCUACACCCCCAGCGGUUACCUGGACCAGUGGGCGUCGGCCGUGGAGGUUUCCCACGAAGAGAAGCCCUACUGCUCCGGAGAGGUGGCUGCCGGGUAUCCUGCCGUCACCAAGACGUGUCAGUCCAAGGUGUUUGAUCUGUCCGACGGAGUUUCCCAGUACGCCUGGUUCCCGUGCCGGGAGGCCGACCAGUCGUCAUGGGGGUAUUCCACCUACUGGCUGAAGGCUCAGUUUUCUCACCCCAUGGUGGCGGCAGCAGUUAUCAUCCACCUGGCUGCAGACGGGACGGGCUUCAUCGACCAGACGCAGUGUAACAUCACUGUCCAGCUGGUGGACACCAAGGAGGGAAUCCACGGUCUCGGUGAGUGGCGUCUGAGCUGCCGUAACAACCCCCUGGUGAUCCCCGUGAACCACGACCUGUCCGUGGCGUUCUACCACACCAAGGCCAUCCUGGUCAUGUUCUCCUCUCGCCUCGUGGCCAUCUCCGGCGUCGGCCUGCGGUCCUUCCAGUCCUUUGAUCCCAUCACCAUCAGCGGUUGCCAGAGCAACGAGAUCUACAACCCCACGGGACAGAGUUGUGUACAUUAUUCGUGUGAAGCCAUCGACUGCCAGGAGCCGUUAAUCCGCAAUGCAGAGCUGAAGUGCAGCAGCCCCGGCCGGCACUUCUACAACGGCGACCGCUGCACCAUCUCCUGCAACUCCGGCUACGUCCUGCAGGUCCACCAGGAUGACGACAUCAUCAAGAGCCAGUCGGACUCGUCCGUCACCAUCACCUGCGCCAACGGGAAGUGGAACAAGCAGGUGUCCUGCGAGCCGGUGGACUGCGGGCUGCCGGACAAGUACCACGUUUACCCCGCCAUCUUCAGCUUCCCCGAGGGAACCACCUACGGCAAGAAGAGCACCUUCCAGUGCCGGGAACCGGCCCAGCUCAUCGGUACAAACAACACCCUCACAUGCCUAGAGGACGGUCUGUGGUCGUUUCCAGAAGCUCUCUGCGAGCUGCGCUGCCCGGCGCCGCCGCCCGUGCCCAACGCCGUGCUGCAGACCAAGCGUUGCAACGAGACGGGCCUGAAAGUCGGCACGCUCUGCAAGUACAAGUGCAAGCCCGGCUACCACGUCACGAACAAACCCAAGAGGCGAGCGUUUAAGCGGCAGUGCACGGAGGACGGCAGCUGGCUGGAAGGGGCCUGCGAGCCGGUGACCUGCGACGCUCCGCUGCCCGUCUUCCACGGCUCGUACAGCUGCAGCGACGGCUUCCGCUUCGACAGCGUCUGCAGGCUCAACUGCUCCGACGCCGCCGGUAACGCCGCUGUCGCCGCCACAGGAGGCUCCGCCCAUACGGGCUCGGGCUCCAACGUGAUUCGCUGCAGGAAGGACGGGAACUGGACCGGCGCCUUCCGCCUGUGUCCAAACAGCAAAGGACAGUGUUCCUUACCUCAAAACCUCCACUACAGCCUCCAGUACUCCUGCAAGCGGGGACACGGCAUAGGUGAGGAGUGCGAGCUGUCGUGCCGGGAGGGAAACAACGAGGUGGUGAUUCUCCCGGGCAACAUGACGGUGGAAAGUGUGCUCCGGGAGCACUGGAGGAACCCGCACAAAGUCAAGAGCAUAGUCUGCACGAUGGGACUGAAAUGGUAUCCACCGCCCGACUUGCUCCACUGCAUCAAAGGAUGUGAGCCAUUUAUGGGAGACAACUACUGUGACUCGGUCAACAACAGAGCCUUCUGCCACUACGACGGGGGGGACUGCUGCCAAUCCACCGUCAAGACCAAGAAAGUGAUUCCUUUCCCCAUGUCCUGCGACAUCCGGGAUGAGUGUUCGUGCCGGGACCCCCACGCCUUCGAGAACAGGAAGGACGAGCACGUCCACUUCCUGGGGUGAAGCAUCGUCUCUCUCCAACGACCUCACAGCCAGAAAACGGCCGGGGAAAAACCCCGACCCUCAUCCUCCUCUCGGCCUCCGAUUUCCUGCACACGCUGCUUUUACAGGCAAACCUUCUCUCCAUCCGUAACUGCAAACCCCGAACUGGCUGAGACGCUUUCACCUCAAAAAACCACGGAAAGAUUUAGAAGAAGAGAAGAAGACGGGACUCACGAGACUCUGCAGAAAAAACAUCACG